UUGCUUGAACUAUUUUUCAAGCGAGUUUGGCUGAGCAGUUCUGUGAUUUUUCAAGAUACACAUAUUAUCAACAGCUCAUUUAGAGACAACACAAGAAGCAUAAUGGAAGGAUAUCUUCUCACUUUCAUAUUGGCUAGUGCUUUCAGUUCUGUAACUGGAAAUAUCAGACUGGUCAGUGGUAAAAAUAUUUGCUCUGGUAGAGUUGAGUUCUUUUACAAUAGCCAAUGGGGAACAGUGUGUGAUGAUGACUGGGACAUGAAAGAUGCUGCGGUGGUGUGCAGACAGUUGGGAUGUGGAGAAGCUGUUGCAGCAUGGCCGAGUGCCCAUUUCGGCCAGGGGAGUGGUCAGAUCUGGCUGGAUGAUGUUCGAUGUUCUGGAAGUGAGAGCAGCCUUAACCUGUGCCUUAACAGUGGACUAGGAAAACAUAACUGUAAACAUGGUGAAGAUGCUGGUGUUGAAUGUUCAGGUCAUAUGUUAAGAUUGGUGAAUGGGUCUGAUUCCUGCUGUGGAAGAGUGGAGAUUCUUUAUAAUGGCGAGUGGGGAACAGUGUGUGACGAUGACUGGGACAUGAAUGAUGCUUCUGUUGUGUGCAAACGAUUACAAUGUGGCACAGCCAUCAGUGCACCUCAUAGUGCUGCCUUUGGUCGAGGCAGUGGAAAAAUCUGGCUGGAUGAUGUUGGAUGUUCUGGAAAUGAGAGCAGCCUUACACUGUGCUCACACAGAGGACUAGGAACAAAUAACUGUAAUCAUGGUGAAGAUGCUGGUGUUGUAUGUUUGGGUGACCUGCAGAUGCCCACGCUUUCCCUGAUGUCCACAAAUUCAGCUGUGUCUCCUGGAGAAAAUGUCCAGUUCACAUGCACAACAUCUAACCCAAGGUGCCAGACUAAUGGUGAUUUUCACCUGUUCAGAAAUGGAUCAUCCAUGUACUCCCAAAGAAGUACAUCUAGUGUGAUUUUCAGUCUGACUGAUGUUAACAUCACACAUCAUGGCGAGUACAGAUGUCUUUACUCUUACAACAGUGGUACUAAGUCACCCAUGAGUAAUACUAUUCAAAUCACUGUAGUGAACUUGCAGCAGCCCAACAUUUCUUUUAGUGCUCCUGGUGGAUGGUUUGAUUUGGGGUCUCAGGGGACAGUGGUCACCAGGGGCCACAGUUUUAAUAUCAUCUGCUCCACUGAAUCUCAGUAUCCUGGAGGCUUCUUCUACCUGUUCAGUGGAUCAAACAUCAUUAGGAGUCGAUCAACUAUCAAUCACACUGCCCAUUUCUCCUUUCCUGAGGCUGAUUAUUCACAGCAGGGAAACUACAGUUGUGGUUAUGAAGUGAAUGUGUCCUCACGUGCAUUUAGUUCAGCUACCUCUCAACUGCUGGUUAUCACUAUAAGAAGUGUGGUAUUGACAUCCUUCCUGCUUCCUGUCAUUGGUGCUGCAGUGUCAGCUGUACUAUUCUUAUUUUGUGCCCUUAUCAUCAUCUUCUUAUGGAAGAGAAGACAAACCCAGAAGAAUGAGGAAACUCAUAAGAAGUGCUCUUUUAAAAAAGGUGCAGUUAAUACUUACAGAGGUGUUUCCCAUAACAAAAAUGAGGAGGAGGAUGAUGAGGCUGACUAUGAAAAUGUAGAACUUAAUGUUGAAGACUCUGAGCAAAUGGAUCAUGAAGACUCUGAAGAGGACUAUAUUAAUGUUGAUUCUGAUCAUUCUGAACAGGAUUAUGUCAAUGUGGACACAGAUGACUCUGAAGAGGACUAUGCCAAUGUGGAAAUUACACAGAAUAACAGUACAGAACACAAAAAAAGUCAAGAUAACAUUUAUGAAAGCUAUAAAGAUUGAGUGCAUCCAAAAAAAAUCCACUGGAAUUAACAAAGAAUUAAAUGUGGUGUUAAUAUAACUGAAGAAAGAAGUCCAGUUAUCAUUGAAUACAAUGGUAUGACAACAAGUGACAUUUUUCAAAACUAUUGUGAUGAAAAUGAGAGACCAUAAAAAUACAGUCUUGCCAGCACAAAGACUUCUGUACAUAUUCCAAAUAUAGUAUUAUGUUGUUUGCUUGAUUUAAGCGCUAAUUAACUCAGUCUCAUCACUGUAAUCGUUUACAUUUACAUUUAUGCAUUUGGCAGACGCUUUUAUCCAAAGCGACUUACAGUGCACUUAUUACAGGGACAAUCCCCCCAGAGCUUCAAUACAGCUUGCUAUUUCUCUUUAGUAGCUUUUAGAUUUAGUUUACCAUCUACUUUUCAAAAAGGGUAGCUUGACUGCAGUGUAGUUGAGUAGAAGCUCCAGUUUCAAAGUAGCUUCCCCAGCACUGCAGCUGUUAAUAGAAUGAAAUACAGUAUUAACUGAAAAUCAUGUCUCACAUUCAGUUCUUGUGUUCUCGUCAAGUGACCGAUGAGCUUCUUUUUUUACCGAAGAAUGCACAAGACAUCAAGCUGAUGUGAAUAUUUUCAUUGCAUUCAGAUUCUGUAACCAAGCUUUUUUCUUGCACAAAAAUGAGCCACAACAGUUUUUAUUGGAUGCAUUUCUUUACUCACUGAAAGCCUCUAUUGGUUGGAUAAAUAGGAAAGUUACUCCAUCUUCAAGAUCACUUCUUUUGUAUUGCAACAGAAAAGGCACAGGAAGAGAGAAAGUGAAUCCGUGACUGUGAGAACAGGUACUUUUCAAUGCAGAAAUAAUGUAAAAGCAACUAAUGAUGGAUAAAAAUAACCACAACAUACAUUUUCCAGUUUUGGUCUGUUUUCAAAUAGGCUAUAUAACCUUGCAAAAGCAGACCGAACCUGCAUUUGGAUGAGAAGUUUAUUGCUUUUUGGAGUGAACAAUUAUGUUUGUAUGGCAUAUCUAAUAUGUCUUAUCGUGACAGACUAUUAAAAGAAAAACAAAUCUGCUGCCCAUCUUAGAACAGUGUGACUGUAAAUGUGUAAAGCCUUUUACAUUUAAUUCUUGGGUCUGAUAUUAUUUUAUAUAACGUAAACAUAAGCUUUAUAGUUGUAUACAGCUUUAGAUUAUAUAAAUAUAUUGUAGUCUACAUUUAUAUAACAUUGUGUAAAAAUAUGCUUACCUUAGAAGUUAUACUUUUGUCUAAUUUUAGUUUUGGUGCAUUAAUAAUAUACUUUUAUAUAGUUUACUUUCUACAAAAUGACACGUUUGUUGCCAGCUCUUUGCACACUGUGACAAUAAAAGUGUGAAAGAAAAGGAUGCCAUUUCUUUUUGCUAUGCGUUCUCAAUAGGACAUGUCUUUAACAAACAUCUAAUCGUUGCAGAUGCAGUAGACUCUUGGAGUUAUAUUGACAAAUACCUGUGUAUUCAAAAGCUCAUUCUGAUUCUGAUUUAAAUAAAAAAUGAU